AUGAACGCCGAAUACCAAAAGGUCCUCACCUCCGCUCCGGCGGUGCUGCCCUUCUCCGAACCCCCAUACCUGGCCGGCCUCCCGUCGCCGUACCACAACGACUCGCAUCGCCACUUCCAAAAGGUCGCCCGCGCCUGGAUCAGCGAGAACAUUACCAAGCACGCCCUGGAGUGGGAGCGCGAAGAGAGUGUCCCCGAGGACCUCUACCAGCGAUGGGUCGCCGCCGGCUUCCUCCCCGCGACCUUGCCCGCGCCACUGCCCGUCGACUGGCUGAAACGCCUCGGCAUCCAUGAGAUGCCUGGUAGCGUCAAGGUCGAGGACUGGAACUACACCCACUCUGCCAUCUUUGCUGACGAGAUGAUGGGUGCAGGUCUUGCCGGCCCGCCCGGCUCGCUGACUGUUGGUGUUGCUUACGGCCUCCCUCCCAUCUUCAAGUUUGGCAGCAAGGAGCUGCAGGAGCGCGUCGUCCCCGAGAUUGUGCUGGGCAAGAAGCGCAUCUGCAUUGCCAUUACAGAGCCCGACGCUGGUUCCGAUGUCGCCAACAUCACCACGACUGCCAAGAAGACGCCCGAUGGCAAGCACUACAUUGUCAACGGCCAAAAGAAGUGGAUCACCAACGGCAUCUGGUCCGACUACGCCACCAUGGCUGUCCGCACCGGCGACGAGGGCGCCGGCGGCCUGUCGCUGCUUCUCGUGCCCCUCAAGGGCCACCCCGGCGUCGAGAUGCGCCGCCUCAAGGUCGGCGGUCAGAUCAGCGCCGGCACCACCUUUAUCGACAUGGACGAGGUCAAGGUGCCCGUGGAGAACCUGAUUGGCCAGGAGGGCCUGGGCAUGACGUACAUCAUGACCAACUUCAACCACGAGCGCAUGAGUAUUUGCAUGGGCGUCGUCCGUCAGUGCCGCGUUGCCCUCAGCACCGCCUUUGAGUACGUUAUGAAGCGCGAGGCCUUUGGCAAGACGCUCAUCGACAACGCCGUCGUCCGCCACCGCCUGGCCGGCGCCGGCUCCCAGCUCGAGGCCUACGCUGCCUGGGUCGACCAGCUCGUCUACCAGAUGGGCAACAUGAGCAAGGCCGAGUCCGACCUCAGGCUCGGCGGCGCCAUCGCCAUGGCCAAGGCCCUCGGCGGUCGCGUCUUUGACGAGGUCGCCAGCUGCUCCGUCCUGCUCUUUGGUGGCAACGGCUACACGCGCAGUGGCCAGGGCGAGAUCGUUGAGAAGAUCUACAGAGAAGUCCCUGGCAUGCGCAUCCCGGGUGGCAGUGAGGAUGUCCUGCUGGACCUUGGCAUCCGUCAACUGUUGAAGAUUUAUCAGCUUCAAACACAACUUCUGGGCACCAAGUCCAACCUGUAA